AUGUUCUUGUCAAAUCGGUCAAUCAAGGAUACUGGUAUGUCUGCCUGUCAACUUUAUCGAAGAAUCCAUGGCGGUCAGCGGCAGUGGCAUUCCCUGUCGGGAUUUCGCAUGUGGGCUUGCAAAUGCCUCGACGCUCAGAAGGCUUCAGGCUGCAGCAGUGGCCACCGAGAUCUUUCAGGUGGCGAAAACAAAAGUCCUACUUUUUAUGAAAUUCUAAAGCUUGUGAAGAAAGAUUCGCUGGAGAUGGCAAGCAAACUUACCGUUUGGCCACGAGUCCCGCGGCGUUUCCCCGGUUUGAAUCUGGUCCUGACUGCAGCAGAAAUGAAGAAGAACCUUCAAAGGAAAGCAAUCAUACUAACGAGGUGGAAUGCCAAUCGCAUCAGGAACAAAGCCCUGGAUGCCUUCUUUACUGAAUCAGCUGGUCAGUCAACAAGAUCCUGCUUGUGCGAGUCACCCUCAAGAUUUCAAAACAAUCCAAGCAAUUUGAUUCAGUCUACAUCAAAGGAACGAGAAGGUGUUCAGAUCGAAGGAGAAAAUCACUUCAAUCAGGAAGCAUUCGGCAACCUCUCCGUCGGCCUACUUGAGGCUCGCAAGGGAAGCGCGCUCAUGUUAACUACAGGCACUGUGGAUCAAAGCCUUAAAUCUGAGGGUAUUCCCUUGGUCAAGUCCAGUCAGACAACCUGGCACGACCGGCCAUCUUCCUCUUCCGUCGACUUGGCCGAUGAGCUCUCACCAAUGUCCUUAUCGGAAGAUGUCACGAUCUCAUCGGUCUCGGCGGCAUCCGUUUCGGAUUCCUGUUGUGAGUCCAUCUCCGUAGACUGCGUGGACAUUUUACGCAGCCACCAAACUCCAGAAUGUACUGCUAGUGGGAUGACAAGGCAACGCGAAAGUGAGGAACAGAAUUGUGUGGUCGAUGCUGCACAAGCCAUAAGCAAUUGUAUUAACGCGGAGAAUGAACACUUCCACAUAACGCCCGAGUCCUUUAUUGCCAGCCAGGAAGCACCAAAAGAAGAUAUCAAAAGCGAGAGCAGUGAAUGCAACGCAUCGGAAGAAUGUCCGAAAGUGAAUUGUGUCGUGUCUGAUAAGAAGGCUCGUUUCUCAAGUGAAUACAAACAUCAUGAAGUCGGACAGAUUCGCAGCGGAGGAGUGAAGUCUGCCCUUCCAGGCGUCACCCGACACAUCACCGCAAUCAAGGCUGAAGGCUCCACAGGAAUAGCACCGGAGUGUGCACAGCGAGCCCAAGAUUGCAGUGAUACUUGUCCCCGUGGAAAACGUCUCUCUCAGGAACACUUAACGAAGCCAAAGAACACAAGAAGCUACGUUGAGGCGUUUGAGGGUCGAAUCAAUCCCCUUGCUGGAACGUCAGCCAACGCUAAGCACACUGUCUCCCAAAAAGAUGCACAUCGAGUGUGCCUAACGGAAGAUGUCACUUGCUGCCGCCGCCCUACAUCGUGCCUUCUUUCGCCAACUGGGAAAACCACCCCCUCCCCUCAACUUCAUGUCAAACCAACUGUAAGGUCAAACAGACGGACGAUUAUGAACGCCAUCCUACACCGCUGUCUUGUUGGGCGGGUUCAGGAGGCCCUGAAAUUAGAGGUUCUCCAGGAACUGGGAUCUACUGAUGGAAGCCAUUUUGUUAUUUUACUGAAGAAUGGUCAGCAGUACAGUGGGUUAUUUCUCCUCAACAACGAGGUUUUGACCAGAAUCACCGGCGUUGGACCUCGCCAAAUAACAACUCAAAUGGUGGAGCACUUUUACAAGUACGAUAGCGGAACCAAAUCGUUUGUCGAAAUUGAAUUAACCAAACAUCUCUCGACUGCUGUGGAUGCUGUCGCCUUAAUGGUGUCUCACAAUCGCAAACUGACAUAG